ACACGUCUUGAUGCUGUGAGAUUGCCAAAUGGAACAACAUAUCUAUUAUGAGAGACCAUUUUCAUAUGAAUCAAACUUUUUUUAAGAAAUUUCUCCUGUCCGAAAGCUAGUUCUCCCGAAACAAUGGAAAGCCACGCUGACCCAAGGGACACACCCUCGAUCCACGCCCCUUCACGGAUCACGGAUUUCGCCAUGGACGACCAACUUCUCUCGGCGUGCCACGGUAACUCCGGAACUUUGGCCACCUUCGAUAAAUAUGAUAACCAACCACUGGGUCCCCCUUAAGCCAGACAACCAGGAUCUGAAGCACUUUCCAACUUCCCUCCCAAGAGUAGCGAUUCCGUUUUCUAACGGAGUAGGGUGGUCAAGAUGCAUCCCAAUUCUUCAGCGAGAGUAGCGAGCCCAUAGCAACUUGGGGUAUGCGACCCCUCUAUCGGGGUUCAUCUGCCACCAAGACGCGGCAUGCGACCCGAUCUCGGAGAACCACCAUCAACGUACAGCUGAGGGUCAGACCGGAUUUGGGUUUCCAGGUGAACAGCAUCCGCACAUCGACGAGUGAUACUGUGUAAUAAUGCAAGGCGCUUCCGCGCUUCACAUGACAUCGCCGUCUGACACACAAGAAUUGGAGUC